GAACAUAUAAAUAAGAAAACAACAAUUACCGGUGAAAAUUAAUAUCUAUGUUUAUGUAAAAAGAAGCCUCGUUUUCUUUUUUUAAGUCUCUAUUUUCAUUAUAUUCAACUGAAAUUCCCAUAGCUCAACAAUAAAACAAAUUAAGAAACAAAUGCCCAUAUACAACACUGUACAAUCGGCGUACAUCAAGACGUACAUCAAUUAAAAAUCGUGUGCAAAGACGUCAUCAUUUUUUAUACCCUACACCCAAUAUUGUAAGGAGGGUAUAAUGCGUUUGUGGUGAUGUUUGUAACGCAUAUAAAUAUUGGCCCUACACCAACCUUAACUCCUUCACGUUUGCGGGACAUCGGUGUCCCAAGAUUUUUUAUUUUCUUUUUCGAUUUAAAGCGUUACUUGGUGUUCACAGCUACAGUAAAUUAUUUUCAAAAAAAUCGAAAACGCUUUUUCCAUAUUUCAUCAACAAUGUUGUAAAUGAGUCAUAUCCAUAAAAAGUCCAUCAGUUUAGUUUUGUGCGUGAAAGGGUUAAAGUAUUCUGAUUAUCUCAGAACCACCUUCAAAGUCGAUUAAGACUUGUUUCUUUGGCUGUCUGUCGACUCAUGACUAUGUAAAAUAAACAACACAAAUAUGUUUUAUAUAAACAUAAAUAACCGUAUCGGCUUUUGUAAAGAUCGGUCCGGAUCGGAUGAAAUUUAGCACGAUCCUCAAGGUCCAUAACUUAUCCUAACUCCCAUAUAAUAAAGCCUCUUUUAAAAAUUUAGUUUUUCAUCAAUAAAUUUCUUAAAUACAUCGAAAUUAAGGUAAAAUUCAUCAUAAAAGAUUCUCUAUGAAAAAUGACAUUGAGUAUUAUAUGGUCGGCCAUGCCCGACAAUACUUUCCUACUUGUUUUUAUUUUAUUCUUAAUUAUUUACUCUACUACUUUUACCAACAAUUUUACUUCAUUGUCGAUAUCACGUCGUGAAAAGAAUCAAUGGUUCGUAACGAAAAGAAAAAUACAAAAAGAUUUUGAGUUUUUAGGGUCUUUGCUUUUACAUUUUUUACAACCAGUUCAGUCUGUUGCUGGCAGUUGUACGAACCAUUUUAAAUGUUAUGAAAAACAAUUGCGGUUGCCAAUGCACUUCUCAAAACCAAGCCGCCAAUUGCAAUUGCAAAAGCGCUUGCCCCUGUGGAACUGGUUGCAAAUGCUCUUCCCAAAAAACUGGCAAUUGUGGUUGCGGUAGUAUAUGCAAAUGCGGAUCCAGUCAAUAAAAUAGUUUUGUAAAACAAAUAAUAUUUAGUUAAGAUUUUAGUUGAUAUUUUUUAAAAUUAAAUGUAAAUUUAAG